AUGGCUGCUUCUGCUGCAAUUUUGCCGCAAUUUCAACUUAUAAUGGAUGCACAACAACAUCAUCAGAACUUCCUCUCAUUUAUGACAGGAGAAAGAGAUAAUAGUGAGGGCGACAUCUCUACUGCUAUUAGGCAAAACUCUUUAAAUGAAGAAAGCCCAGUGGGCGAUGAAUCGGAUGAAGGUGAUGAGUCCCGUGAGGCUAGCGAUGAAGAACCUCCUUCUAGUUCUGGAGUUAUGCCCUCUACUAAAUCUUUUUACUCAUCAAAAAGUGAAUCAGCUACAGGAAUACGAAAGAAAAAAACACGUACUGUAUUCUCCAGAGGCCAGGUUAGUCUGUUGGAAGCAGCAUUCAACGCACAUCGAUAUCUCAACAGUCAGCAACGUACAGAUUUGGCUAGAACACUGAGCCUUACUGAAACACAAGUGAAGAUAUGGUUUCAGAAUCGGAGAAAUAAGUGGAAAAGAAUAAUUGGGACUAUGGAUUGUAACGAACCAACCGACAACCAAACCAAUAACAACCAAAAAAAUAAUUUAUCUAUUCUGCCAGCUUUACCAUCACUCCAACACCAAAAUAUUGAGCAAUAUGCUGUCUCAAAUUUCCCUCUUGCUGGAGUAAAUGGCCAUUAUGAGCAGUCUUCUUCGAUAAAUAAAUUUAUAACAAACAAAAAUUUAGCAAUCACCAACACAACAGCAAACACCAACAUUCAUGCUUCAACAAGCUCAGCGUCUCUUGCUUUCGUUUUUCACUUCGACAACUUCGCAAUCAACAAUCGCUUCACCCCCGCCGUCGGUACUAUCACAAUCUUUUAUUGA